AUGGCGGAAGCGCGCUGCUAUACAUGUAUCUCGGACUUUCCUCUUCAAAAAUUCCGCGUUUUCACCUGCGGUAUGCGCCGUAUCAACCAGCGCGAUGCGCAUCGUAUAUUUUUGGAGUUUGUUGACCCCGGUGUAUCAUAUGGAAUGAGCGUUGUCGAUGGGCUCAAUCGCAUAGACCACACGGCGGAACUCAGGAGUGUUUCCAAAGCGAAAGAGAAGUUGGAGAGAGCAGCUUUACGAGCUCAAGGGAAUGAGGAGUUGACGGCCAAAUUACUCAAAGCCAUGGAAGAUCUUAACGAACGUAUCAUCCCCGUCUUCACCGAAAUCGCCACUCAGAAGGAAGUGAUAUCCAAGCUGCAGGAGAAGGUCAGCAAGGUGAAGGAGGAGAGAGAUGGCCUCAAAACUAGGGUCCACGCCUCUCAGCCACUCGUGAAAGAGGUGAAGCACUUGAAGCGCCAGUUAAUCGAGUCGGAGGGGAUCGCACACGACGCCUGUAAAUUCGCUGAGGCCGCGAAAGACAAAGCCGUGGCACUUGAUCUAGAGCUCAGAGACUACAAGACAAGAGUGUCUGAUCUCGCCAAAAACAAGCGUCAUGUAGAGGAUCAGUUGGAGCGACAUGUCGCUGCGACACGUUUGGAAAAGGAAAAAAGGAAGGCGAUGAAAAUACAAAUUGCCAAGCUUACAGCGAAACUUGAAACGAAACGGAGGGAAGAGACAGAUUAUGAGUCCGCGCAGGAGCACGAAGAUAUUAUAACUAAUACACCACCGUCUUUGGUGGUUCGAUCCCCACUUCGUACGCCACGGUUCGACUAUCAAGACGACGAGCGCAGCAAGACAGUAAGACCAUCCUCAAUGGUGGUUCGAUCACCGCGCCACAAUGCAGUUCGGCCAUCGUCGAUGGUCGUUCGGUCACCGCGACACAAUGAGAAUUCAAACGCCACUAUGUUUGACUUUGAGGGUAUGCCGCUUCCAGGAUUCAAGUCGGACUGGCAGCCCAAUCGCGUUAAUUCACACGUCUUGAAGAGACGUUCUCUUGGAGCCGAUGGAAAUCAUCGACGAGUGAGCAACCCGAUACGUUUGGACAAGCAUGGGCAUCCUGUGGCUGCAGUACUAUUGGGACCCAAGAAGACGUUGCGUUUCACAAAUAAUUAA